AUGCUACCCGGUCGACAGCUUGAGGACCGUCAGAAGGGAAUGGCGUCAGCCGGUAGAAGCAAGUACGACAAAGACGCAUCAUCUACGUACAAGAAAAAUGGGCGGCGCUUCGAGAUGACUUACGAAUCCGGAAUGGUGCGGGGAAAGUUGAGCAGAGACAACCUGGGCGUGGCAGGAGUCUCCGUCAGGCGACAAAUGUUUGGCGAAAUCACGCACACUACUGGAGACGUCUUUAAAAAGGUCACCUUCGACGGAAUUUUUGGCCUCGGCUACCCGGACAUCUCCGAGAAGGACGUGGUUCCGCCGUUCGACAACAUGCUCAAGCAGGAACUCGUCACUGAGCCCCUGUUCUCAGUUUUUCUUAGCAGCACGCCCAGCCAACAGGAUGGAGGUGAAAUCCUUUUCGGCGGCGUCAACAGUGAGCGCUACACCGGAGACAUCACCUAUACGGACGUCACUAAAAGGGGAUACUGGCAGUUCAGCAUGGACAGUCUCCAGGUAGGAAGCAAGUCGAUAGUGACCAGCCCCACCGAAGCGGUGGUUGACAGCGGUACCACGGUUAUGGCAGGGCCGAAGGAUGAAAUCGAACGCAUCAACAAGUAUCUCAGAGCUACUCCACGUCCCCGAGGGAGGUACCGUGUAAAUUGCACGAAUAUCCCUAAUAUGCCCAAGGCUGUCUUCACCAUUGCUGGCAGGCAGUUUGAAUUUGAAGCCAAAGACUAUAUUCGGCAGGUCCAGUCCUCUGACAAGGUACGCUGUUACAGUGGCUUCCAGGUGUACGACGGAAGCGUUUGGGUUCUGGGACAAGUGUUCAUGCGUCAUAUUUACACCAUUUUUGACCGGGGCAACAACCGUAUUGGAUUUGCACAUGUUGCCUAA